AUGGGCGCGUGGAGGUCAGCAAAGAAGGGAAGGUGAUCAGCCACAUGUCUCCCGGGAAGGUGUUCGGCGAACUGGCUGUUUUGUAUAACUGCAAGAGAACGGCCACGAUAAAAGCCGCGACGGGAUGCAAGCUGUACGCCAUCGACCGGAAGUGCUUCCAGACGAUCAUGAUGCGCACGGGCCUCAUCAGGCAGGCCGAGUACACGAACUUCCUCAAGAGCGUGCCCACCUUCCAGUCCCUUCAGGAGGAGACACUCAUCAAGAUCGCCGACGUCUUGGAGGAGACCUUCUACGCCAAUGGCGACUACAUCAUCCGCCAGGGCGCUCGGGGAGACACAUUCUUCAUCAUCAGCAAGGGCAGAGUACGUGUAACCAUGAAGCACCCCGGCAGUGCAGAAGAGAAGGUGAUCCGCUACCUGGAGAAGGGAGAGUUCUUCGGCGAGAAAGCCUUGCAAGGAGAGGAUAUCCGAACAGCCAACAUCAUUGCAGAUGACCCAGAUGGUGUAACAUGCUUGGUUAUUGACCGAGACUCCUUCAAUCAGCUCAUCGGAAACCUGGAUGAGAUACAGCAACGCUAUGGAGCCGUUGAUCUCUCAAGGAGGAAGAUGAACGAGGAGUUCACAAACAUCAACCUGUCAGACCUCCGUAAAAUUGCAACGUUGGGUGUUGGCGGUUUUGGAAGAGUGGAGCUCGUACAGAUUGCUGGUGAUUCCAGCCGUUCCUUUGCUCUGAAACAAAUGAAGAAGAGCCAGAUCGUUGAGACCCGACAACAGCAACACAUCAUGUCAGAGAAAGAGAUAAUGAUGGAAGCAAAUUGCGACUUCAUUGUCAAGCUCUUCAAGACAUUUAAGGACCGCAAGUACCUUUACAUGCUGAUGGAGGCUUGUCUUGGAGGAGAACUUUGGACAAUCCUAAGAGACAGAGGUAACUUUGAUGACCAAACAACACGCUUCUACACAGCUUGUGUUGUGGAAGCCUUUGACUAUCUGCACUCACAGGGCAUCAUCUACCGGGACCUGAAGCCAGAGAACUUGCUCCUUGAUCUCAAAGGAUAUGUUAAACUAGUAGAUUUCGGCUUUGCAAAGAGGCUCCAGGUUGGAAGGAAAACAUGGACCUUCUGCGGCACCCCAGAGUACGUAGCCCCAGAAGUCAUCUUAAACAAAGGUCAUGAUAUCUCAGCUGAUUACUGGUCACUCGGUGUCCUUAUGUUUGAGCUUUUAACAGGUACACCACCUUUCACAGGCCCUGACCCCAUGAAAACCUACAAUUCCAUCUUGAAAGGUAUUGACGCGGUAGAGUUCCCAAGAAACAUAACUCGCACUGCCAAUGCUCUAAUCAAGAGGCUCUGCAGAGACAACCCUGCCGAGCGUCUUGGCUAUCAGCGAGGGGGCAUCAAGGAUAUACAAAAGAACAAGUGGUUUGAAGGUUUCUACUGGGAAGGUCUAAAGAACCGCACUCUGACGCCCCCCAUUGUCCCCAACGUUCGUUCUGUGAUUGACUGCAGCAACUUUGAUGAAUACCCACCAGAUAGCGACGGUCCGCCUCCGGAUGACAAUUCUGGAUGGGACAUAGACUUCUAAAUUAUCUGUUGUGUGAUGCCAGUGCUUUUUAAGACAUUUAGAUGACACUUUUUCCUUCUCUUACUUUUUUAUAAUAUAUUUCUAGGGUAAAAUAGAUAAGUUCAUUCUCAUUAUAGUACUAGUGUCAUAAUUACUUUUUUACUUUUUUUUUACUUGUAUUUCUGGCACAGUUGCUUGUUGAUGGUUAUCAUUAUUUUUUAUUUGGAGAUGUCUUCAAAAUGUCUAGCACUGUACUCAACAUCUGGUGCUCCUGAUUUCAAAGCAAGAUGCACAAAAGAAUAAUUGGCAGUGUAAUCUGAAAAUGAAGCAAGGUUGGCCAGUGUUGGACUGUGUGUGAAUGCAAGAAGUGGUAAAUUUCACAGAGACAUUUCGUGUGAAUGUAUUUAUAUAAAUUUUGCAGUAUAUAUCAUGAAAAAAAUUCUUUGUACAUUCACAAAUACGGUUAGCUCAUAGUGAAAAGGAAGAUGUCUGCAGAAAGUGUCACAGCUUACUCAGGAAGACUAAACAUGGUGCCUUAACAGAGUGAGUGUUAAAAAAAAAUACUGUGUCAUUUUUGCUCCUGCCUCUACAAGUACUUCAGAUUAAGAUGUUCAUAUCGCUUUCUCAAGAUCUUCCAACGGCCUUCUCCACCAUUGUGAUAAUGUACUUUGUAUCCUGUUGACCGUUCUAACGUGGGUAGUAGGUUUUUUGUUCCUUGGAAGUGGAAAGAUGUAGUUGUAUAUCUUGUUAACUCAAAUGCAGCCAGACUUCAGUUUUCUAUUAAGUUGGUGCUUAACAAUUGCAGAAAACCAUGCUAACAUCAAUAGUAAGUGUAAAUAAAAUUAUUUAAAAUGAAUGGUGCUUGAUGAAUAAUUGAAGUACAUCAAAUUAGUGCUUCUUUGGUUGUUUAGUGGUCCAUGGGCUCUGUGUAUUCUUUUAGUAUAAUUUGUGAUAGAUUUCACACAACUUUGUACUUCAAAGCUUCAGAUUCUUCUCUCCCUCUCUUCCUCCCUUUCUCAAAAUCAUGUCUCUUCUCUAUGAUAUUAUAUAUGAUUAGAUAGUACUCAGUAAAUUAUUGCUAUAGUUAUUGCAUAACUAACAAGAGCUAGACUUCUUCAGUAUUUGUACAUUCUGUGUAAUAUCAUCAUUUGUUAUUUAUCAGAGAGACUUUCCACUUACAAUAAAAUUAUGAAAUAUUGUUUAAGCAUAAUACAAAAAGGAUGGACAUGCUAUUUUUUAUUAUAUAUUUUUUUCUGAAACAUUGUGCUAAAUUUAGUGUGACCUUUAUGCCUUGGAAAAUGUUAUAUAGGUUGUUUAAUGAUCAUUACAGUAACAGGGAACUUACUUGUGGCAGUACAAGGCACCAUCACCUUGAACUUUCAACAUAAAAAUCUCUUACUAUCUCUAUAUAUGUAUAAAGCGAUUCAGAGUAUAUGACUUAAAUUCUUGAAUGCCUGUACUACAUGCAACAAAUUCCUGUUUGUUGAUGAUUCAAUAUAGGUUGUCAGGUAAUUGUUAAGUCGGUGAAUAUUUGAGAGUAAGCAAAUGAACUGACUUAAGUAUAAUAGUUUCUAUUGUGAAUGUAAAUAUUUUAUAUUAAGAUGGUUUUUAAAGAUUGUAUGUAGCUUGAAUUUUAAGAUAAAUUUGCAUUUCAUUGGAAAUGUUUCUGUGUGUUUAAACUGUUAUUUGAUCUUUGUGCAUUUCCUACAGUGUACCCAACAUGGACCAUAGAUUUAGUUAAUUAUACUAAAGUGGGAAAUAAUCAUUUUUUUCUUUCAGACUGUUAGAAGAACAGUUAAAAAAUUACAUUAGAUCAAACAGGAAUGUAAUUGUUAUGAAUAGCUGCAGUAUAAAAUGACACAAAGUAGAUAUUUGUCAAUACCUAUGCUGAAGAAAUGUUCAGUAAAGAAGUCUUGGACUGCAGUUGUAUUGCUUAUACCACUGUAUGCAAGUUACUGUAUAAUUUUACAUUGGUGCAUUGUUUGUUUCUUAGUGCAAUGUUUAUUUAUAAAACUUUAAUAUAAUGUAGAAUGUUUUUAUUUGUAAAAGGAUAAUUAACCACAUCAUAAAUCCAUUUAAAUUGUGCUUUGAUAGCCGACUAAGCAGAGUAAAACUCAUUUGUAUAUGCCAAAACACUGUUAUCCUCUGGUGUAAUAUGUGAAACCACAUUGAUAUUUUUCAAAGUACCAAUAAGAGAAAAGUCAUUGUUGUAUUCCCAAAGACCCUGCACACACUUGAAAACUUUUCAGAUGUACUUCUGGGCAAUUAUGCAAAGGAGCAAUAGGGUAGAAAUUUUACUAUGUAGGUCUUUCUUUUCAUGUGAGAUCAGUGUGGGCAUCAGGCUACAAGUUCAGAAGAUAAAUUAGUAUAAAACAUUGGUUAAAAAAAAAGUAUGGUUAUUCU